AUGAUUGCGAGUUAUGAUGCUAUUCUUUAUGAAAUGGACAAAUAUAUAACGAAGGUAAACACUCAAAUUAAGUGUAUAAACCUUCUUUAUCCUAUAUUAAAGAAUCAUAAAGAGCUAGAACCCCUGAUAUUGGGAUUGAACAGAAUAAAUAAUGCAUUAAAUCAAUUACCAGAAUCAGUAGAACUACAAGUAACUUCUCUUAAGUUCUUUAACGAUCUUUUAAACAAUCCAGGCCUUUAUUCUUUAUUAGGUAAUACGGAUAUUUCAUCAUUAAUUACAUUUAUUCUUUAUUGGCAACGUGAUAAUGCCGAUGUUAAUUUAACAGCACUCGAACAAAUUACGAAAUUAAUAAGAAUUCCAAAAUUAACGAAAUUUUAUUCCAAUUCCGAAUUUAUUCAGAAUCUUGUAUACAUUGCUCGAGUUAAUCCGAAGUCACUUGAGCAUGCAGGUCUUAUUAUUGAAAUUUCGAAGUACAUUGACCCAGAAAUUAAAGAAGUUAAAGAUUUAUUAGCAUCAUUUAUUCUUUACUCGAGAAAUAUAAAGUCGAAUGAGAAGUUACAAGAAAAAUUACUUGUUGUUUUUUGCCAACUUGCUACUCCAAACAAUAUAAAUUCAAUUGCAUCAUCCGUUAUCUCCCAAUUUUCAGAUGUUUCAUGCCAAUAUGAGAACAACAUGACAAUACUAUCAUAUACACUUACAUUACUUAAUCAUACAUCAGAGCCAAUUCCAAAUUCUUUAUUAUUAUUGACUAUCAAGAAACAAAAUGCGUUAUUAAGCAAUCCGAUGAAUUUACCAUUAUUAAUUGACGUAUAUUCAUCUAAACUUACAAACAAAACUACACCACCUGAAAUUUUACCAAUUGCAUCUAUAACUCUUGAACAGUUUUUACCAAUAAUUGCUGUAGCCAAGAAAGCAAUUAAAGUUUGUUACAAUUGUCUUUAUAGUGCUGCACUUUCUUUUCCAGAAUUAGUUCCAAUUAUUACUUCUGCAAUUCAAUUACACGAAGAUUCAAGAUCAAUAGUUAGACAGGCCACUGUAGUGUUGAUGUUAUUAUGCAGAAGCCAAGAUUGUUGCGAAAACUUAUCAAGUUCUACAGCAGCAAUAAUUUUAAAUUCAGCAUUGAAUAAACAUCAGCAUGAUCAGAAAACAGUAAGCAUCUUAUUAAAUAUGCUUAGUAUGUGCAUAAAAUAUUCACCAGCACAACUUGCCAGACCAGAAAAAAUACAAAUUAUUAAAUCAAUUAUUGAAAUUUAUCAUGGAGAUCCAGUUAUUCUCAAAAACGCAUUAUCUGUGCUAUUUACAAUUGCUUCUUCCACUUAUUCUGUUGAAAAAUUUAUAGAAUUACCAAAAGAAACAAGAGAGCCAUAUUUUAUUAGUUCAAAUGUAUGUAAAAAGGUAAUUGAUGACCAUUUGAAUGAAUUAGAUUACGUAGAACCCAUUGUUCUCUUUGCAGAGCCAGUUGUUGCAAAUGAAUCAAUAUUUAAUAAAUCAAUGAAGAGAUACACAGGAGAUUAUGAGAUACAAAUAUGCGGAUUAGCAUCAAAAUUAGCUGAUAUGAACAAUAUUGUAAUUGCUCUUUCUGCUUGUGGAGAUAAUGGAAUCAGAUUUGCAAUUCCAACAUUAGAAAAGAACGACAAACCAUUAUCACCACAACUUAUAGAAUUCUUGCUAUCAUUUGAUAGGAAUGACACCACAGAAAUCUUAAUCAAAGAUAUGAAAGCAGGAAAUGAGAAAACAAUGUCUUCAAUAUUUGAAUUAUGCUUUGCACAACAUCUUCCUAUUGCUAUGUAUCUUGCACAGCGUAAUUUAUUUAAAGUUUCUGAUGCGGAUGCUCAAUUAAUAUUAACGAUUUUGUCACAUUCUGUCUUUAAUCAAGAAAUUUUAGUUGCAGCUCUUUAUUUUUCAUCAGAUUUUGAUUUACCGAUGACUUCAAUAUCAACUCUCUUGGAUGGAAUGCGUAACUUCCCACAAAACAAAGAUAUUGUAAUUCCUGCUUCACAUUUCCUUGCAAGAAUGGAGCCAACAGAUUACAUGGAACAAACAUUUAAUGAUGCAAAAGCUGUAGGCAUUUCUUCCCUCUGUUUAAGCAUGUUUACUGAUGAUGAAGUUUGCAGUUACAAUCUUUUGAAACUACUUCAUUUGAUAUCAUAUUUCCCUUCACAACAAAUCCAAUUCAAGACAUCACUUGCUAUUCCAAGUAUUGUUAAAGCUUCCAAAUUAUCUAAGCGCUGCGCAAAUGAAGCAUGCGAGAUCUACAGCAACAUUUGCGAAGAUACAGAUAUCAGUCAGAUUCUUUAUACAGAAAAGGCUUAUGAAAUUGCUUUUGAUCCAUUUACACAAGCAUCUUAUAUAUUUAUCUCGACAUUAAUGGCUAAUUCUGGAUUAGUGUUGACAUCAGAACAAUUCACAAGUGUUUAUAAACAUUUCUCUGGUCUUAAAAAUCAGUUAAAUGAAGAUGAAGCAAUUUGUUUGAUGUCAAUUUUCGAAUCUUAUGUGAAUUCAGCUGAAAAACCUCCAAAAUUAGACUUGAAGAAGUUUGUUUUAAUGUUGACGGUAUUUUCAAACAAGAAAAACAUUGUAUCAUCACUCCUAAGAAUCAUUCCAUUUACAAAAGAAUUUAAUCUAAGUGAACAACUUUUGUUUGCUUUGCUAGAAGUAUUGAGAUUGAAUUUUAAUGAUCAAUUCAUCGUAACUGAUACUUGCACAAUCCUUCAAAACUUUUCAAAGGUGGAGAAGCAUAAAAGUACAUUCCAAUCAGAUUCAGCAACAGAACUAUUAUUAUAUAUUUUAAGUAUCUAUCUUAGAGACGGACCAAUUUGCCAUACAAUCUUUUCGUUGUUAAAUGGAAGACCAGAAGUUUUUGGAAUGGCAGCAACAGCAUUGACAAUGCACAAUGAUCCAGAAGUAUUACUUCCAAUUGCACAAUCAUUGCUUUCUAGUUCCCAAACAACAGAUUGCAGUCAGCAAAUGCCAAAGCUUCUAAAUGCACUAAAAGCAAAUGAAACUCAUAGAGAUAUUGUUGCUUGCAUUUUGCAAGUUAUCUUUUUAGCAACACAAACCGAGACAGGCAUAAACUACGCAGUUAAAUAUAUACAGAUGAUUGCAGAAAUAUCUAUGUCUCACAUAUCAAUAGUUCAAGUUGCAAGAUCUGCAUUAGGAAUCAUUUCAAAUGCAGCUGAUGUUGAAAGCAAUAUUCCAUCAUUGCAAAUUGCUGGAUUAUUAGUUACAGCAGCUCUUAAAACAUGGGGAAGUGAUCAACAAGUCGUAACUGUUGCAAGCUAUAUCAUUGUUAAGUUUGCAAAUGCAAGCAAAGGAGGAAUUUUCAAACACGCAAUGCCAUCAUUAGUUUUGUGUUUGAGAACAUGCUCUGCAAAACAAGAGGAAAUAUGCGAUGCUAUUGGAGCAAUGUCUCCAUGGAUUGGUGAAUACAAUGACAAUGUUUCUCAAGAAGUUGUCAGAGUUUUGUUCAAGGCUAAAGAUAGAGAAAAUGUUCUUCAGGCAAUUAUGGAUAUAUCAAAGAAUAAUGAUAUUGAAAAUGCUAUAUUUAAUAAUUGCAAACCAUUAAUGGAUCUUGCUAAUGCUGCUGAUACACCUGAAAUAGUUUCAGCACAGAUAUUUGCUGUAUCAUCAAGAAUCCAUACACCAAAAUUAGUACAAAGAUUUGAUGCUGAAAUACCUUCAAUAAUUGAAAAGAUGUCUAAUUCAGGAAAAAUGGCUUCAAUGGCAGCAGCGCAGUUAUUGGCUACUAUUGCAACAUUGAGACCGGAUGUUAUUUCUAAUUAUGCAACCAAAAUCUAUAAUAACGCACCAAAAGACCCAGAUGUUCAAAAAUUUGUUUCUGUUAUCAAAGAAAAAUUGUAA